UGGCCUGAUUCAAGGGCAGAGACACCUGUGGCUAUUAGAGAGUAUUGGAACUACCGGGAUGAAAUAAGUUUACAGGAUGGGAUGUUCUUCAAGGGCCAAUGCAUUAUCAUUCCAAAGCAACUACGUGCAGAGAUGCUACGUCGCAUUCAUUGGAGCCAUAUAGGUGGUGAGGCAUGCUUCAGGCAGGCUAGAGAAACACUGUUUUGGCCGAAUAUGCAUGGGGAGAUUAAAGACUAUGUAGAACAGUGCACUGUGUGUAACGAAUAUGCACACGAACAACAAAAAGAGACUAUGAUGUCACAUCCCCUCCCUACACGGCCAUGGCAGAUUCUGAGUAUGGACAUAUUCAACUACGCUGGCAAGGAUUUUCUGCUUAUCUUCGAUCACUAUUCAGAUUUUUGGGAAAUAGAACUGCUGCCUGACCUGUCGGCGGACACCACCAUUAAGAGAUGCAAGGCUCAACUUGCCAGGUAUGGCCAACCCGACCGAGUCGUCACGGACAAUGGUCCACAAUUUGCUUGUGCUCUGUUCACCAAGUUCUCUCAGGAAUGGGGUUUUGAGCAUGUUACUUCGUCACCAAUGUACCCUAAAGCUAACGGUAAAGCAGAAUCGGCAGUGAAAAUUGUUAAAGGCCUGUGCAGGCGAGCAAAACGUGCAGGAGACGACCCAUGGAAAUCAAUCUUGCUGUGGAGAAAUACGCCAACAAUUGGCAUGGACACUAGCCCCGCGCAACACCUAAUGGCCCGCAGGCUGAAAACUCCCCUCCCAGUGACUGACACACUACUGGAACCUUGCGUUGCAUCAGAAGUUCCUGGCAAGCUGCAUUUCAAACGGCAAGUGGCAAAACAUGCAUAUGAUAAAACGGCCAGGGACCUUCCGGCACUAAAUGUGGGGCAAAAUAUAAGAAUGAAGCCUCUUCCAGGUGACAGGAGUGGCAUAUGGAGACUAGGAACUUGCCUCCAACAAACAGACCCUCGCUCCUAUCUGGUUGAGGUGGAGGGUACACUGUACAGGCGCAAUCGAGUGGACCUCAGGCCAGCAGAGCCCAGUCCUAGCAAGCCUACAGUAACAGUAACAGAGUCCAGUGAAACGCCGAGACUAGAAGUGGAGGCCACAGUGGAGAGCCAGUCUGAGCACUUGCCUGCAACGGACUGCACAUCGGCCUCACAGCCUGAGAGUGAGUCUGAGAUCCCGUGUUACUCACGCAGCGGCAGGCGAAUUCAGCCACCAAAAAGACUUAACCUUUAAAUAGUUUUCAAACAGUCAUGUUUGGUUAUCUUUGAAAAAAGUUACAUAUGUGCAUAUUAUUUAAGUACAGUAGGGCAAAUAACGUUACUACUUGAAGGCUUGAAAUAUUGUUUAAAUAUGUUGGAUUAUACAGUUAGAAAAGGGAGAUGUUAAGGGGUUAUGCUGUCACCUAGUGGCAGACCGUAUAUUAGCACAAGAUGUGUUUGUAUUCCUAGCUAAAGCUGUGACAGCCAUGUUAUGUAUGGUGAGACCUGCACUGCAGCAGGAUUAAACAGCAGCUCUGAGUGGACCUGCACAGUCUCAAUUAUUGAACAGAACCACUGCAAACACUAAGGGCCCUGGUACGGAAAUUUACAACUGGGCCCCCUACCACCCCCCCACACAUCAGCCCUUCAUUUACAACUCAUCAUACAGAGAAUUAGGGGGGCUGCUAAACUGACUCACACCCCCAACAUGCCCCGUCUGGGGUUUCUCUACCUUUUCCUCCUGCACCAAACUGGUGCAGUUCUGAAUAUCUUCCCAUCUUCCCAACGUGCACUCGCUGGCUCUGAUGUUCUUCUCCCCUGCAGCUUCCAAGUGGAUAAAACUUCCCCAAACCCUGAGCCUCCAACUGUAACCUGGUACUUUCAGGAUAAGGAAAUUGUAAGAUAUGAUAACAAAGGUUUGUCCCUCAACCCAAGAACUUCAUUCAAUGGACAAGCAGCAAAUUUGGGAGAUGCCUCCUUGUCUCUGGCCAACGUGUCCAUCUCAGAUGAAGGGAUCUACAGGUGUCGGGUGAUAUAUCGGCAACAGAAAGACACACGGGUCAUAUUAGAUGUUCUUGUUCCCCCAGUGCUACUUAUCCCCAAUAAAGUUAUUCAGAGGAAGAAGGAGACCACUCUGAUCUGCAUGGCCAAUGGAUUCUACCCAGAAGAUAUUGACAUAAGUUGGUAUAAAGACAAUAAGCACCUCACGAACUCUGAGUUGGGCAAACAAGAGAGGAACCCAGAUGGCACAUACAGAGUAAAGGGCACCGUGACUUUACCCCCAAUGGAUGGAAAGAUGGACCAUAACUUCUCCUGCAGAGUCCAACACCUCUCUCUCCAGCAACCUCUCCAGGAAGACUUCCAGCUGGAGUAUGAAGAUGGAAGCAGCAGUGCAUUGCCUGUGGCGUGUGGCAUAGCUGUGUUAUUGGCUGUACUGGUUAUUGUGGCUAUAAUAUGGAAGCGAAGGAAAAAAGCCACAUUCUCACUGAAACCAAUUGCGGGGCCAACAACGCUGAUUGUUGGAGAGGAGACCAAACUGCAGUGCACUGGGACCAACUGCGCUAGUGAUGUGCAGGUCACCUGGUCAGUGAAGGGAGGAGGAAGUGAUGAGUGGAUUGUGAUAAACCAAUUGGGAGAUGAGGAGGCCACAGAACCUCUGCUCAUUGGUCAGUACGUGGUACAUUGUGAGAAGGAGGGAAAUAACCACAUAGCGACUCUGACUUUCACUCUGCACCUGGAUACUCACAAGGGAGCAACGUUUAGCUGUAAAUUUGUCAGUGGUGGGAAAACCAAAGAGAAACAUUUUCACACUAAAACUAUUCAAGCAAAGCCCAAGGUGCAGGAGCCAAUAAAUAUCACAUUCCAGGGGUCCCAGAAUCUGGACCUGACCCUAAACCUGCAGAGAUUUUACCCUAAAGACAUCAAGAUAAAGUGGGACUGUGGAGAGGAGACCCAACAACCUUCCAAGGAAAACUGGAGAGAAAACUCUGAUCUAACGUGGGACGUCACAAGUGUUUGUAGUGUCCCAAAGGGUCUCUUUAAGGAUAAAGCCUUCAGGGUGCGAGUGACCUGGGAACAUGAGUCAAUGGGUGACCCCGAAUCCAGAGAAGUAUCUGCGGCAGAUAUCCCCUUUCGUUGCACACUGCUUUAAGAAGGAAGGAGGAAAGAAGAAAACGUCUCCACUAGAUACAAAGACAUAUAGUCAUUUACUGACUCACAAGAGCAGUGGGAUACGACUUUUACCUGUCACUCCAGUGUCACUUUUAUUCCAACAAUAUAAUCAGAUAAUGAGGCAGAAUUUAUGUGCAGAGUGGAACAUCCCACUGGGACAGUAGAGAAGCGCUCAGGAGAGUUACAUGUAUAUUCACCAUCUAAAGUAAAACCUUGAUCCUCAACUAUCACUUUGCUGCAGGGCUGGGAAUGAGGGGUUCAUCUUCUCCUGCAUCUGUUACUCAUGUAGUUGGGCAGUGAAUGUGGAUGGGACACUAUAGGGAAUAUUUAACCAACACACUGGUCUGGGAGGAGAAUGAAGAAUGUGUCCACUUUGCCAAGGAAACACCGAGACCAAGGGAUUUGCAGCAACGGGUCAGAUCUCAUCUCCACUUUUGAAUAAGAAGCCCAGGGACGUUCAUCUAACAAUAAAUCUCCACUACAUUGUGCAAAUAACUAUAUUGUAGGUAAAAACCAUUGGUAUUUGUAUGUGUUUUAGUACUUUGUGCUUGUGUUAGUAAACUGACUCUAUUUACCAAACAAAUGUCUUUAACCCAGGGGCGUAACUACAGAGGAAGCAGACCCUGCAACUGCAAGGGGGCCCAGGAGGUAUAGGGACUUUAUGAGGCCAUAAUUAUUCAGCAAUUUUAACAUAUUUUGGCAAAAAAAAGGGCAACCUCUGGAUAUGUGGGGCCCAGUAACAUCUAGUUAUGUCACUGCUUUGACCCACACUGAAGGGAAAUGUUCCUAUUUGUGUCCAUGGCUUUUACUUCAUUCAGUAACCUGAGCUUCAAUUUAUCCAAAAGUCACAUGUGCACAUUGUGCCAAUAGCCAUCUGUAAUAAUCUGUCAGACUAUUGUGAUAUUAAAUAAUACCAAUUUCUAUAUA